AUGCCUCUCAUUUCCACCUCCGCUCUUCCUACCAAUCUACUUGCUGUCCAAUAUGCGACCCAAGAAGAGACUGACCCAGCGACGGCCGCACCACCCGCUCACCACCCAUCAUCGCAUAAUCAUCAUCAUCCAGUAGCAUCCACCAUCGCUCCCGCCGGCCCAGUCGCUGCCUCGUCGCACCUCGUCCAGCCUUCCGCCGCCACCCACAAUCUCCCUCUCGGGGAACACUUCAACGCCCCCAUCCGUUGCCACAUCUGGCGCAGUAAGCGACGGAGAUGGACCCGCGCUCUGCUUGACCAGGAACGCAAGGAGUUCUUCGAGACCCGGGUAACAGGUCGUCCCGAAGUCUGGACCGCUCUUUCAGUCGCCCUCUCUUUUAUGCGCGUAGGAGACCUGGUAACUGCUCAGAGUAUUAUCGACGCUGCGGGGAUUACUGUUCCCACAGGUGAUCUAUGCCAGGGCUGUUACGAUGAACAGGGUGCGCUCUAUCGUUUACCGCAGUGUAUCGUGAGCGACCCCGAGAACAUUGCGCGGUCAUUGAGACUGACAAUGACGGACGAUCAUGACGACGAUGACGACGUGGAUGUGGGCUUUGAAACGGACGAUGGGAAACUCUCGCUCAAUGAGGCAUCAGGAGAUGAGUUGAUCGCGGAUGAUGUUGAGCGUGAGCGCCGCCGAGAUGAGAAGGGGAAAACUAGCGAGCGGGAUUUGAUCCUUGUUAAGGCACGUCUGAGUGAUCGCGGUGGACCGGAUAUUGUUAUAUCGGUUGCCAAGUCCCAGAAUGUUGGGUUUAUUGCGAGGAAGGUGCAACAGGAGGCGGGGAUUUCUAGGAUGCACCGUGUGAGAAUCGCCUAUCUAGGCAAGAUUCUCAAAGAGCAGACGCCGCUCGUUGACCAGGGUUGGAAACCGGGCCAUGUUGUAAACGCUCUGGUUGCCACUCGGCCUCUUUCUUCAUGA